AGUGUGUCCUCGGUACGGUCGCAUCGAAUUUGCUGUCUCCGUCUGUAGAGCGCUGCGUUUGGUCUUCUAGGUAUUAGAAGAAAAUUGAAAACGGUCACCGCCGACGACGCUUUUGAUUGCAGCACGUGAAAAUUGAUAAAGUGCGAAGUGUGAGUGCUAGGAAUAAAUAGGAAUCAAAAGUUUCGGGCUCUGCGGGAACAAACCAUCAAUCAUUCUGAGUGAAAAAAAAGCCGAAAAGGAAAUAAGUGUUUUAUUUGUCAGAAGAAAGUGAGAAGUGAAACGUGAUUUGUUCUUUAUCGGAAUCAACCGCAGCAGCGAAGAGGGAGCGAGGGAACUCUUUCGAGGCGCCAGUUGACUAAUCUGCCGUCUGAUUGAGGGAGGAAGCGCCCACGUAAAUGCAACAGCAGCAGCAAUGAAGUAUUUAUCAACGUUUGAAAGGUGGUUCUACGGAAUACCCUGGCUGUGGCUGCUGUUGAGCUGUUGGCAACCGUCGGUAACGGCAUCGGAGCUGGGUCUGUUUGGUGGUCAGGGGAUCAGAGAUGUCUUCGCGGAGUUCGACCUGCUGCUGGCGAUCAAAAUCCCCCCGGAGGACGGCAUCACCUUCGUCGACGGCUCGGACGGAUUCCCGGCGUUCGGCGUGGCAUCGAAUGCGGACAUCAAAUCCCCCUACCGGACCAUCCUGCCGGAGAAGCUGACGGAGUUCACGAUCAUCGCCACGGUUCGGCCCGGCUCCCGCUCCGGUGGUUACAUUUUCAGCGUGGUCAACCCACUGGACACGGUCGUCCAGUUGGGGCUGCUGCUGGAACCGAUCAUCGCCACGGAUCAGUGGAACGUUACGCUGAUCUAUACGGAUGCCAACGUGCAGCGCGUUAGUCAACCGCUGGCGUCGUUUCAGAUUCCCUAUACCAAAUCUUGGAUCAAGUUGAUCUUCAAAGUGAUGAACAAUCAGAUUGUGUUCUACAAUAAUUGUGUCGAAACGGAGACGGUCACGGUGAAGAAGGAACCGAGGAUGUUGAUAUUCGAUGCGGCUUCCACACUGUACAUUGCCCAGGCGGGACCGAUUUUGAAGCGGAGCUUCGAGGGAACGCUACUGUUCCUGAAGCUGUACGGCAAUCCAGAGAUUGUGAAGACGCACUGUAACCGAACGGCAACCGAGCUAGACGACUCUAGUAAUGUAAUUUACGAGGAAGACGACUUCCUGCGGGACAGCGACGACAUUGACGGUGAACUAUUUGCCGACGACCAUAUCGGUCUGUCAAGCGGAGACGACGACGAUUUGUUCGAGCCACCGAUGAUUUCACCACCCCCACCGGAGUACGCCUACCGGUCCAAGGGCGACAAGGGCGAGCGUGGUCCCAAGGGACCUCCGGGCGACUCUAUACGUGGGCCUCCGGGGCCACCAGGUCCACAGGGUUCCCCCGGACCACCGGGAUCACCCGGUGCUGCCGGUCCCAAAGGAUCCGGCCUGUUCGACGAGGGAUCCGGCGAUGAAGCGAAGAGAUUAUCCCAGCUCUACGACGCCUUCCCGAACCGAAAGUUCCCGAAUCAGUGCUUCUGCAACGUCACACUCAUCAUGGAGGAGCUGAAAAUGGACAGCAUCCUGCGCGAGUACCUUCGUGGUCCGGAAGGGCCACAGGGUCGCGAGGGUAAGACCGGCUCACCCGGACUGACCGGAGCAACGGGACCCGCCGGUGAGCGGGGCGUUGCCGGUCCCAAGGGUGACAAAGGCGACCGUGGAGAGCCCGGAUUACCCGGAACGGAGGGUAUCCAGGGUAGCAAGGGGGAGUCCGGCUUGGAUGGCAUGCCGGGUCCUGCCGGUCUACCUGGAUCUCCGGGACCGCCGGGUAUUCCCGAGAACUACGAUACAAGUUGGAAUCCAUCGCGGAUGUUCAAGGAAUCAAUGCUGGGCUCGCAGAUCCAAGGCAUGCGGAGCGCUUUGCCCGGAUCCAAGGGUGAACCGGGUGACAAGGGCGACGUCGGCCUACUUGGUCCGAAGGGCGAACAGGGCAGCAAAGGGGACCGGGGCGACCCGGGCCUCACCGGUGCCAAGGGAGAACGGGGUCACACAUCGAUGGGAGCACCGGGACCGAAGGGAUCGGUCGGUCCUUCGGGAGUUCCGGGAAUCCCCGGUCAAACCGGAUCCCCGGGAACGAAAGGAGACAAGGGACACACCGGUGACGUCGGACCGGCUGGACCACCGGGACCUCCCGGAAUAGUGGUGAAUACGGAUGCAAAAAAUACCACCGGCACAUCGGAUUGUCGCUGCCAACAGGGGCCACCGGGUUUGCCCGGUUUGCGAGGGCCAACCGGCUUCGAUGGAACGCCAGGAUUGCCAGGAGAAACCGGUAUGCCAGGACACCCAGGUCUACCGGGCGACAAAGGCGACAAGGGAAACACCGGCCCAAAAGGUGAAAAAGGCCCGGAAUUCAUCAUCAACGAAAACGCCUCAUUCAAUUCAACCCGGGCGACCAAAGGCGAAAAGGGCGAACGGGGGCCUCGGGGUCGGCGCGGCAAGCCCGGCCCCAUCGGACAACCGGACAUCAACUCGUACCCGACACUAAAGGGAGAUAAAGGACCAAAGGGGGACCGAGGCGAUGUUGGGCCUCGAGGACCAAAAGGCGAAACCGGUAAGGACGGCCUCGAUGGGAAACCCGGUACUCCGGGUCAGUACAUCCCACUGCCAGGACCACCAGGACCACCGGGACCUCCCGGCUUGCCCGGAGUUUCCAUUGCCGGUGAGAAGGGUGAUCCGGGCAUGGACUCACGAAGCCCGUACUUUGGCGACCCGAACUUUAUUGGACGACCAGGAGGCCGCUCAAGCUUAGACGAACUAAAGCAACUUAGAGAGCUGAAGCACCACAGGGAACUAGAAGAUAGUACGGCUGGACCACCGGGACCUCCAGGACCGCCAGGACGAGGCCACCAUUACGACAACAGUGACAGCGAAACACCCAACACGCGGAUCGUACCGGGAGCAGUAACCUUCCAAAACACCGAAGCCAUGUCCAGGAUGUCUUCUACGAGCCCCGUCGGAACGCUCGCCUACAUAAUUGACGAGGAAGCACUGCUGGUGCGGGUGAACAAAGGCUGGCAAUACAUUGCACUUGGAACACUGGUCCCGAUCGCAACGCCAGCACCUCCAACGUCCACCGUGAUACCACCGCCCCACCGGCCCGACCUGCAGGCUUCCAAUCUGAUAAACAACAUCCCGCAGCCACUGGAAGGACCAUUCUUCACAGCGACCCCGGAAUAUGAGUCGCUGCGGAUGGGAGCACUUAACGAACCAUUCCCCGGUGACAUGCAGGGCAUCCGCGGAGCCGAUUACAACUGCUACCGGCAAGCGCGGCGGGCCGGUCUCCUGGGGACAUUCAGGGCGUUCCUGUCGUCGAGAAUCACCAACCUGGACACCAUCGUGCGGAUAGCGGACCGAGGGCUUCCAGUAGUCAACACCCGAGGGGACGUGCUAUUCAACUCGUGGAAUAGCAUUUUCAACGGCCAGGGUGGCUACUUCCCGCAGACCCCGCGGAUAUACAGCUUCAGCGGGAAAAAUGUCCUCACCGACAUAACCUGGCCCCAGAAGCUGGUGUGGCACGGUGCCAGCGCGCUUGGUGAGCGAGCGAUGGACACGUACUGCGACUCGUGGCACUCGGACUCGACGGACAAGGUCGGGCUGGCCAGCAGUUUGCUCGGCAAUAAAUUACUAGAUCAGGACCGGUAUUCCUGCGAUAAUCGGUUCAUAGUGCUCUGCGUCGAAGCACUGCCCCACGAACAACGACGACGGAAACGGGACGUCAGUAGACACACGCUCGAGUUUACCAACGAGGACGACUACAGUCGCCAUCUUGCCGAAGUAUUGCAGGAAACGUAAACAGGCUGAGCAUUUCCCGCAAGAGAAGGAAGUCAAAAACAUAGUUACCCAUCCAUCAUACACAACAAACAACAGUCACAGAGCAACAUCGCGAAAACAAUAAAACAAUAGGCUAGAAAACAUGUAAAUCCAUCAUGACGGCAAAGAAGAAGUAGAAGAGGAUGAAGGAGACAAAACGCAACCCAAGGCUGCCAAAGUUAUAUAGAGUGAACGAGUGAUAGUACUGGUGGGGGUGGUGGUGGUGGUGGACCCCUUGCACCACCAUCGAAUCCGUGCAGUGACGUCGAUGUCUUCGCAUCAGAUGAAGAGAAGAACAAUAACAGUAGAAGCAAACGCAAAUGGUCAUGGCCUACUAGGUAUAUUAUACUGGCGAAGACGAUGACGGAAAUCAACUGUCAUCAUGCACUGGAAGAUGCUGAUGAAUAAAAAUUGCCGAAUGAAGUUCGUAUGCUUGAUGAGUGAACAAAGUGCAGAAAGUCGAUUGUCAAAUUGACAACCUGGAAGUGUUCAGUAGAAAAGAUUUUUUCAAUAGUAUUUUUCUUGACCGGGAAAGAGCGAAAAUGCCAAUAUUAAACAAAAGUAAAGGCAAAUGGGCAAACUGUACACAAUAAUGAUAAUAAGAAAAGGAAAAAUGUAGUCAAAUUAUGAUUAUUAUUAAUGUUCCGCUCCGCUUGUAAGAAAAGAGUGAAGAGGGCGUUUCAGUGUGAAGUUGAAAAGUAUCAAAAAUGUUGAACUAAAUAUAGCAAAAA